GCCGCCAACCUGUGACAGCAAGCUCAGCGCGCGCAUGUUAUACAUACUGGGUCACUAUAUAUAUUCACAACCACGCUCUCUCUAUCCCCGUGGUGUGUGUGCGAUGAUCGCUGCUCUAGUGGCCGCUGGUCGCCGAUUUCGUUUUCGUCGCAGUGCUGUCGUUUCCAGCUCGCGUGGCAUGUCGACAACUACGUGGCCAAACGUUGACAGCACUGGUAGCGGUGCGGCCGCAACCUUCUGCCUGGCCGACUAUGACGUUGUCGGGUUUGACUUAGACAACACGCUGGCGCGUUACCGGUUGCCGGCACUGUUCGAGCUCAUCCACGGAAGUGUCCGCGACUACCUCUCUACGAGCGCUGGUCACCAGCGGCCGGGUGGCAGGUUGUGGCCCAGUGCGCGGGCAUUCUCGCAGAGAGGUCUGCUGAUGGACAAAAAGCGGGGCCUCCUGGUCAAGUUUGACGCCAACGGAAAAGUAGACCGCGCCUUGAAGGGUUUCAAACGCCUUUCAGAUUCGGAGGUGGAGGAACUGCAAAAGGAGUACACUGGGCUGAAGUUCCGGAGUGACCUGCGUCCAUCCCAGGAGUGGUACAAUUUCGCCGACUACUUCACCGUGCCAACUGAGGCCUUGUAUGCUGAUAUGGUUGCGUGUGCCAAACCAGCGGCCUCGCUGGAGCCUCUCUGGCAUGACCUCUUGGAGGGAAUCAUCCACUUCUACCGUCCGGGUGGGCCCCGAGCCACAACCUUGCUUCAGACUCCCGAUGUGCUUGUUCGGCCCUGCCCUCCAUCAGUAAAAGCUUGGAUCCAGAGCCUGCGAACGGCUGGCACCCGCACUUUUCUUAUGACUGGCUCAGAGCCACUGCUUGCGUUUGCCAUUGCAUCCCAUGCUUUAGGCCCUCAGUGGCGUGACCUCUUUGACCUGGUGAUUGUGGGUGCCAACAAGCCAGCUUUCUUCACCGAUACCUCCCUUACCUUUCAGGUUGUUGAAGAAGAUGGCUCAGAGAGGCCCCUCGCCCUUGGUGAGCAGCUGUGUGCAGGUGUUGUAUAUUGUGGUGGAAACUGGACAACCCUGUGUGAACGCUGGCUUGGCUGCCGUCGCGCACUCUAUGUCGGCGACUCAUUGGUGGAUGACAUUGUUGCUUCACAAGGCUGCUGUGAAAGUGUAGCUAUUCUUGAAGAACUUGCUGUUGAAGCUGCUUCAUCGGAAUUUACAGUGCACGAUGGAAUUGAAUACCUUCUGUCUGAUGUGUGGGGCUCAGUAUUUGCAUCGCCACAGGGUCCAAGCUAUCUGACAAAGGCUGUUUGUGGGGCAGCAAAGUUGGCAGUGCCAGAUGUGGUGCAGCUGGCCAAGUUGACGCAAAGCACAAGAAUCCCAGCCUUUGAUGGCACUGUGGGUCUUUCUGGUUUCUAUCCAAGACCGCCAGAAUCAUUGGUUACUCUGCUUGCAUGUUCGUCUGCGGAGAAAAGUAGGCGACAUUGAGUGGACUAGAAAAUGCUGUUUUCUGUACUAGCCGGCAUGACCUGUCUAGACCUGAUGUCACAUAAGAUCAGAAAAUGCAAUGUGCAAGCACACUUUUCUCAGCGCGUAGUCUUGUUGCUAAAAAUUUCAAAGCUAAUUAGCUGAUUUUCAAAUUUGUGCUAAUGUACCUUUGGCAUACUAGCAACAAAAGAUAAAGAAUAGGCUGUAGUAAUUCUUUGACUGAAAUUAGCUGAAUGUUUUUUUUUACUUCCUAGUAGUAGUAUAGUACUAGUAAUUGUUUAUUGAAAAAACUGUGGCUCCAAUCCACGCUGUGAAGGUGGUUGAACAGAGAAGCUGUAAACGACACCCACAACGAUUCCCCAUUGAAUUAACGCACAUGGCUCUACAAAGAGUGAAACCGGAGACAAGUGAAAUGCACUUAAACAACCUUUAUUACUUCACAAUGACAUUACAUUCACGCUGUUCUUCUGGCGUCUUUACUAGCUACCCAUGGUAGCCUGGAAUAAACUAAAUGAGUUGCUAGACGUUAUUAGCAUACAUUAUAUGGCUUGCACUUCACACGAGGGUUCUGAAUGACGUCAACCUCUUUAGAAGCAGCUGCAAACCUAAUCUUUACCGGAACGCGUCGGAGGGUGUUCCCAUUAUUCAAACGCGCCUUAUCUAUCAUGUGGUUUUGAUGCCUGUUUUGUGGUUUUUCUUUUGAGAACAAGUGCUGAGCUGUAUGCUGGGAAACGAUCAUUUUUUCAUUUAACUCCCUCAGCAAUUUGGCCAUUAUGGACGCCUUUCUUACUGUUUUAGUUUUUAUUAGUUAUUACAGUUAGCGCGAGUUGUCGUAUGCUCGGAUUGAGCGGUGAAUUAAAUUUUAUGCGUAAGUGUCAAAUGACCCAUUGAGCGAAAUGCAGCUCCACGAACGUGAAACCUGGGGAGGUGCGAAGCAUGUAGUGAUGCACCGCUAAUGUACCCAUACUGCCUUAAGCAAUGGCUCAUAAUCCCGUAAACGCAGCCUCCCCAUUAAGACGACAGAAGAGAAGUGAAACUCUACGCUGGAAACGCAGCCAGCUGUGGAAGCCUUGGCACGAGCGCAUGCCGAGAGCGAGCUCGAGCCGCUUGCUUACCGUGACAUUUUUUGCUUACGCCGACACGAAACUUUCCUUGACUGGUAGAGGUGUACAGCUUCGCUGUAAUAAAUCAAGGAAAAGGAAGGGAAGGAAAUUAUUGCUGACCACACUGUAACUGUUUAGCACAGUCUGCUGAUCCCUGAACGGCAG